AUAAGCUUUAUCACGCGAGUUGAACCAUCUUUGAUUCGUAAUUCGUUCGUUUGCAGUUAGUUUUGUUUUGUUCGCGUUAUAUUAUUUUCACCUGUUACAAAAAUCAAAAGUAUCUUACCAAUGUUUUAUUGUCAAGACAACAUCAGUGGACGAUGGUUCAAACAUAUCAUAAAUAAUAUUCUAUCAAUUAGUUUCUUAAUAAAUUAGUAAUUCGCUUGGCCGCUGAAAAUCAUAUUAUUCUAUUAACAAAAAUUAUUAAUUACUGUAAUACGUUGGUCGGUUCGAUGUCGUUCAAGGACUACGUUUACGCGACGGCCGGCAAAGCGUACGUGGGCAAAAUAGCCAGCGCGGUCGGUGUGAGCGCGGCCUUGUUUGUCCUGAACGAAGUGUACACCCUGGCCAAAGGAUAUUUUUGGCGGAAUCACGUGACCGAGCUGGAAGUGGCCAAUUCGGAUCAGUGUUACGAAUGGUUGUUGCGGUGGUUGGCCGACAACAACGACCUGUUGCACUUCAGCGUGACGACCAGGGAGCUCGGCGAUUACGAAGAGUCGGACUUGCCUGAAAAUUAUUUCAAGUACGAUUUUGAACCCAGCUCCGGCGAUCACGUUAUCAAAUAUAAAGGCCACUCGAUCGCUUUGACCCGGAAUCGCACGGAAAUAAAAAGCGAGUACACGGCAAAACCGUUCGAGACGUUUCGUAUCACCAUUUGGGGACAAAAGAAACAAUUGUUGAACGAAAUGCUCGAGGAAGCUAGGUUGUACGCAAUAUCAAAACGGAAAGUUGGUACCGCUCUGUAUGUGCCAUCAUACGACAGGUGGCUAAGGUUUGGAUUUCGCACGCCCAGAUCCAAGCGGACAGUGAUACUCGACGACGGCGUAUUUGACGGUAUCCUGGAGGACCUGAACAACUUCAACGACGGCGAGUCUUGGUACCAAGAGAGGGGCAUACCGUACCACAGAGGGUAUUUACUGUACGGGCCUCCGGGUUGUGGAAAAUCUUCGUUGAUUAUGGCGCUAGCUGCUGAAUUGAAGUUCCAUAUCUGCAUACUAAGCUUGAACGAUUCGAAAAUGUCCGACGAACAACUACUCCAGCUGAUGGUCUCGAUGCCAACGCGGUCGUUAGUGCUGUUGGAAGAUGUCGAUUCCAUGUUUGUUGACAAGGAUGGAAAGUCUGUCGUAGAAAACAGUAAAGUUACAUUGAGCGGUUUGCUGAAUGCUUUUGAUGGCAUUGGAUCGUCCGAAGGCAGAAUAUCGUUUAUGACGACAAACUAUAUAGAAAAAUUAGAUCCUGCUUUGAUCCGUCCGGGUCGCGUCGACUAUAAACUGCACAUCACGCCGUGUACAGAUUAUCAAAUAAAAGGGAUGUUUGAUCGGUUCCGUCCUAAUGAAAUUGAUGCUAGAGAAAAAUUUGUAACCGAAGUAAAAAAACAACAAAAGCCAAUCACUCCAGCUCAGUUACAAGAAUUCUUUUUAGUUCACCGUUAUAAUGAAUUAACAGAUAUCAUUGAAAACAUAAACGAUUUAUGGCAAGACAAUGAAAACAUUCAAUCAACAAAAUAACAAUAAUUUAAUAAUAUUAA